AUGUCUUCACAAUUUUUUAAUAGUGUUUCAUCCUCAAAGAACUCCCAAACAUCGUCGUCUAUUCUUCCUGAAGGAAGAAAUUCUCAACCAUCAAUAUUUACAAACCGUAUAACGAAUGCUAAUGUUCAAAUAAGUCCACUUUCCGAAAGGUAUCCAACCAUCAUAACUUCUCCGGUAACUUCACCUUCAACUCCAAAAUCUUCACUCCUUUCAAACAACCAAGUCUUUGCACAUAAGAGUAAAAAAUUAUUGGGACUCUUGACUGAUACCAAAUCCAUCUUGGAACGGUUCAGAGAAAUAAAUAAAGAAAAAUGGAAUAUACAAUAUCCGUUUCUAGGCCAAACUUUAUCCAACCAUCGACAAUUUACAUCAUAUGAUGAUAAUGAUUUACAGUCUUCAAUGACCUCUAACUGGUCGGCAAAAAAUUCACAUGUCAUGAGCGAAUUUCGACAACAAAUUCAGGCAAAACUUUACACACCGCCUCAACAAGAUAUGUCAUCUUCCCAGGAAAUUAAUACUAAGCUUAAUGUUUUUAGAUUGAACUUGAAACAAGGGGAUAGCUCAUCUGCAGAAAAUGUUAUGGAACAAUUAGAUAAAAGUGCUGUAUCUAAAUUAUUGGAUUGUCGACUAGUUCAGGGUAUCAAGAGAAUUGAAAAUCUUGAAUCUCGCGUAGCUGAUACUAGUUCAAAAGUUUUAGUUGCUGGUGAUGUUAAUGCUGGCAAAAGUACAUUUGUUAAUGCUCUUCUUCGACGUAAUGUAAUGCCCGUGGAUCAGCAACCAUGUACUACUCUUUUCUGCGAGGUUUUGGAUGUUCAAGAAAAUUCUGGAAUUGAGGAAGUUCACGCUAUAAAAAAUAUUGAAUCCUAUAACCGGGAAGACUCUUCAACUUAUACUAAGAUCGAGUUAUCAAACCUUUUCGAUACGGUCAACAAUGGAUUGAAUAGAGAUACGCUUAAGACGACCGCCUUGUUCGCUAGGCAAGAAGAAAUCGAUGUUAUCAUAUUUGUCGUUAGUGCCGAAAACCAUUUCACUUUAUCGGCCAAAGAAUUUUUAUCGAAUGCAUCCAAUGAAAAAGCCUACCUUUUCAUUGUUGUUAACCGUUUCGAUAACAUACGUGAUAAAGAAAAAUGUAAGCGUCUGGUGUUGGACCAAAUUAAAGAAGUUUCUCCACGUACCUAUGAGCAUGCUGAAGAUUUAGUACAUUUUGUAACGUCUACCACUAUUCCAAUCGAAAGGCAAGAAUUGAAUGACAAAAGUAACGUUUCGGCAACAUCUAUUGAUAAACAAAGGAUCGAUGAUUUUAAUCGUCUCGAAGAAUCUUUGCGUAACUUUGUUCUAAAAAAGAGAUCUAAAUCUAAGCUGUCUCCUGCUAGACAUUAUAUCGAUAAUAUUUUAAAUGAUAUUGGUGUGCUAUCCGAAUUCAAUCGAGGAAUAGCAUCUCGUGAAGCCGAAAAGUCUUUUAGCGAACUUGAAUCUGGCAGAGAAGCAUUUGAAAGGCUUUGUAAUGAUGAAAAAUAUAUUACUUUGGAAGCCAAUAAAUGCGUUGAUGAUACAUGUGAUUCUAUUAUGCUAUUCACCAAAAAACGGUUAGAAGACGCUAUUUCCAACAUUGAUUUGUCAGCUACUAAUAUAGAAUAUCGUGGCUUAAUUUAUGUGUGGGCAUAUGCCAGUGAUGUUCGUGAUGCUAUGCUUGAAGAGAUUUCGAAAGGGGUCUAUUCUUCCGAACAGAAAGCAAAGGAAGAAACUGCUAAUUGCAUUAAUAGAAUCCAAUCCAUAGCGGAAAAUUUAGGUGGAGAGCCUUGUAAGAUUGAUCUUGAAAAAAUGUAUAGACAUGGAAUCAUAAACACCAUUCCUAUAGCAUUAUCUGAUUUCUUUGAUUUCGAUAUAACUCAAAAUUUCAAUGACCGUUUUUCGUUUGUCGGCUUAUCCAGUUGUACCAUAAUUUAUGCCUUUUCUAAAUUUAAUGCACUUUCCAGCUUAUGGAAAAUUUAUAAUUUCACGGGCAUAUUUAACAUUCGUGGCAAAACUAUGUUGUCGUUAGUGGGAAUUGCUGGAAUUGGUGUUUGUACUUACCUUUUGUAUGAUAUGGGAAGAGUUAUACCUCGAAAAGUUGCCAAAAAAAUUAAACAUGAAUUAGUUCAAUCACAAUAUAUUGAUCAUGAGGCAAAUCGUAUCACUAGACAAAGCCGUAAAAAGAUUCGAUUGGCAACCGAAGAUUUACGAACUCGAUUCAGAAUUGCUGUUGAAGAACAAAAACAAAACCGAAUCACCAUGGAACAUGCGUUUAGAAAAUCAGAGAACGCGGUCAAUUUCUUUGAAGAUGUCUUCAACAAAGCUGAAAAAAUGUCUGAAGUUUUAAAUUCUCUUGGAAACAAUUGGGAAGACAGCGAUGAUGAAUUAUAUAACUAG